UAGGGCAAAAAAUACAUCAGAGCAAGCCAUCGCACAUGCACUAGUCACUAGCGCGGCCAGAGAUUUUUUUGUAGAGAGGGUGUUGAAGUAUCGAGAGAAGCCAUUGCCGUAAACGACCUUUCUCAAAUUUUCCCGUUUACCCAAUACACGGCUUCGUCUCCAUAUUCUUUCCAUAAACAUACCUCUCAGUUGCUCUCGCAGUUGCUCCAUUUUAUCGCACACAGAUUUCGCACUAAUUCACAUCAGUCUUCGUCAAAACCCUAAAAUGUCGGGCGGUUUUUUUCGGGGUACUUCUGCAGAUCAAGAUACUCGAUUCUCGAACAAGCAAGCUAAAUUGUUGAAAUCGCAGAAGUUUGCUCCCGAAUUGGAACAUCUGGUGGACAUGAGGAAAGUGAAGAUGGAUGUUAUCAGACCAUGGAUUGCUAAUAGGGUGACAGAGCUUCUUGGAUUUGAAGAUGAAGUUCUUAUUAACUUUAUUUAUGGUCUCCUUGAUGCAAAGGAAGUUAAUGGAAAGGAGGUUCAAAUAUCACUUACGGGAUUUAUGGAGAAAAACACUGGAAAGUUUAUGAAGGAGCUUUGGACCCUUCUUCUCAGUGCACAAAAGACUGAUAGUGGUGUUCCCCAGCAAUUCUUGGAUGCCAAAGAAGAGGAAACACGGAAGAAGCAGGCAGAGGUGGAUAGGAUAACAAAUGAAAUUCAGAAGAAGAAAGAGAAGGAGGGUAGAGAACUUGAGUGGGAGAGAUCAAAGAAGAUGGACGGUGGGCCUGAAACAAAGGCCAUUGUUGCUGCUGUGGAGCAAGUCUCAAAGCAUAUGGCAAAGGGGUCAAGUGCUGAUGCAGAGGAUGUGAAAGAAACUGAUAAUAGGAAUGGUGUCAGAGGAAGGAAUGGGUCUUCUCGGUCUCCCCAUUCAGUUGAUCGUUCAUCUUCAUCCCCUCGGGGUUCACCUUCUCGAAACAGCAGCGACAGACACAAGACUAGGAGUUUAUCAAGAUCACCAGAAACACAAAGACGAUCUGUUUCUUCAGACAGGGUGUAUCACUCACCAGGAAAAAGAUCUAUUACACCUCGUCGAAGGUUUUCAUCUCGAGGCUCUCUUUCUCCUUCAAGGAGAAGGUAUUCUAGGCCAAGAUCAAGAUCAUCUUCACGCCACAUGUCACCUUCUCCAGUACGACGUAGAUUGCACUCUCCAUUUAGACGCAGAUCUCCUUCACCAAUCCGGCGUAGGUCUCCCUCACUUAGUCGACGUAGAUCUCCCUCACCUAUUCGGCGCCGUAGAUCUCCCUCACCCAUUCGACGCCGUAGAUCACCCUCACCCAUCCAACGUCGUAGAUCACCCUCACCUAUCCGCCGACGUAGAUCUCCUUCACCCCUUCGACGUAGAAGAUCACCUCUGCCCCUUCGACGACGAUCACCUUCACCUGUGUGGCGUAGAUCACCCUCACCAAUGCAGCGUAGGUCACCCUCACUUAUUCGCCGGAGAUCUCCUCCUUCAAGACGCAAAUCACCCUCCCCCUUCCGCCGUAGGUAUCAGAGAUCUCCAUCAACUCCCCAUCGCCGGUCUCCAUCACCAAGACGUAGAUCACCUCUUCCUUCUCGUAGAAGAUCACCACUUCCUUCAAGGCAGAGGUCUCCUUCACCUUAUGGAUCAAGUUCUCCUUCUCCUGUCCGGUAUAAGUCUCCUUCACCUGUAAGGAAAUCUUCAAAGGAACAUAGGAGGUCACUUGUGCAAUCUCCUGGGGAAAGAGUUGGUGUACGGGAAAAACCAUCCCCUGUGUUGCGUCGAUCCUUUAAUUCUCUAAGGUCUCCACAAACAGAUCCAAAGGAUGGGAAGGAUUCUCGUGUUAAAUUGGCAUCUUUGUCCCCUUCACCAGAGAGGUCUCCUGUUCGAUUGGAAUCUCCACCACUCUCAAGGACUAGGAAUUCUAGUGAGGAUAGAAGGUUAACGAGUCCUUAUGAGAGCCCCGUGAGGCAAAGAAAAGGGACAAGAAAUAGGUCGACUAGUCCAUAUGAGAGCCCUGUCAGGCGAAGAAAAGGGAUAAGAAAUAGGUCCAGUAGUCCAUAUGAGAGUCCUGUGAGGCAAAGAAAAGGGAUAAAAAAUAGGUCUUCUAGUCCAUCUGCAAGUCCUGCAAGGCAAAGAAGGGGGCAUAUUACACAUGAUGACAGCUUAAGCCCUCCACGGAUGCCAAGACAGCAAAAAACUCAUCAAGAAAGUCCUCGGUGUAGAAAUGAGGAUGAAAAUACUGAUCAUGCUCGGGAUUUUAAAUCCAGGUCUUCACAGAAACAGUCUACGCAUUCAUCCAUCAUCAGUAAGCAGAAAGAGUCCCCAGUCAAGGUCCAUUCGAAGGAGCAUUCUCCUCAAAGAGUGGCAGGUCAUCGGGUUACUGAAUCUAGGAGCCGUCUUGAUAUUGUGGAAUCAAGAAAGAAAGAGCAGGAAAUAAAUAGUGAGAAGGGUUCCCAGAAGGGGGCUUAUGCUGAAAUUCCUGAGCAGCAGAAAUCUCCAACCUCAUUUGAGGAGCCUUUGCUGGGAGAGAGACAAUUGCCUUAUGCAGGAGAGGGUAGAAAAUCUGAUGAGAGAAACCAUUCACAUUCAAAUAAGGUCAAGGACAGUGAGAAAAACCGUGCACAUUCAAACAAGGUUAAGGACAGUGAUAGGCACCAUAAAUCUGAAACUAUGCCAAUGUUGGUGGAAAAGGCUGAUCAUAGUAAUGGAGGUGGUGGUGCAUUUGAUUCUGGUUCAGAGGAAAGUAACAAGCGCACAACUGAUGAUAAGGAGAAGCGAAGGCAUAAAAGAUCACAUAGGGAGGAAGUGGCUUCAGAUGAUGAUUACAGCUAUGAUUCUGAAUAUGAAGAAAGGAAGGAGGCUAAGAGGAGGAGGAAGGAAGAAAAGAAACUGCGGAAGGAGGAAAAACGUCGGCGUCGUGAGGAGCGACGUCGUAGAAGGGAAGAACGGCGUGCAGAGAAGCUCAAGUUGAAGGAUUUAAAAGAUAAUAAUUCUUCUGAUGAUGAAUUUGGAGGGAGGAUGGAUCCAAGUGAUAGUGAAGAUGCACAUUCUGAGCAGAAGAAACUUGAGAUUGAGUUGAGGAAGAAGGCUCUUGAAUCACUUAAAGCAAAGAAGGGCAUUAGUCACUAAUUUAUUGCUGUCGUAAACAUUAUAAUAUCAUUCUAAUUAAGAUGUUCUUUAUAUAUUUUCUAGGAACUUUGUUUUGAAUGGGAGUUCUUUUAUAUUGGUAACUGUUUAAUGUAGUCUGUUUACUGCUGGCAGCUGAAAUGGAUAAAUGAGGAUUUCCUGAGCUA